AUGGAGGAAAAUCAAAGUGUAUACAUUGGGAAUAUACCCUUUGACUACACUGAAGAAAGAGUAGCAGAAAUUGCCAAAACGGUUGGCCCAGUUGCAGAUUUAAAGUUACUUUUCGAUAAUAUCACCGGUAAAUCAAAAGGCUAUGCAUUUGUUCGAUAUGUUGAUUACGAAACAGCUUCUAGUGCUGUAAGAAAUUUGAAUAACUUUGUUAUUGGGAAUCGAAAUUUAAAGUGCUCCUUUUCAAAUGAUGCAAAGAUGAGUUUUGCUAAUGAACCAACUGAAAGAUUACCUGCUCUUCCAUUAGGAAUACAGUUACAUCCUCAACAGAAUCCCUUACAAACCAUAACUCAAUCUGUAACAUCAAUAGAUUCUACAAGUGCUGAGAAUAUUUUAAAGGAAGCCAAGCAUUUGAGCAUUGAGAACCCCCAGUUAAUGGUACUUUUAUUAGACAGAUAUCCACAACUUUCACAUGCUUUAGUGGAAUUAGGGGUGAUUUUAAAAGAAAUAGAUCCAGAUACCGUCAACUACACUUUAAAUAAUAGAGUUCCGGAUUUAAGAAACUUAUCACCAGAACAUGUUCGUUUGCUUCGACAAGUUAAAGAAAUUCCAGUCUCAGAUUUGAAACUGUUAGAUAAAAAUAAACAACAAGCAAUUGAAAAAAUGAAAAAGGAAUUAGAUUACGGGUUAUAUGGUGAUAUUAUAUAA